AUGUUUUUGGUGGAUUUUUUUCGAGGAUGGCUCCAAUACCUUGGGUUGAUGAAUAAAUCCGGAAAGCUGAUGUUUUUGGGCCUGGAUAAUGCUGGUAAAACUACAUUACUUCAUAUGUUAAAAGACAAUAAAAUGGGAGUCCAUGAACCUACGCUACAUCCAACUUCUGAACAUUUGACGAUGGGGAAUAUUUCAUUUACAACAUAUGAUCUCGGUGGACAUAGUCAAGCUCGCAAAGUUUGGAAAGAUUACUUCCCUGCAGUGGAUGGAAUUGUUUUUCUUGUUGAUGCAGCUGAUUCAGAAAGGUUAAACGAAGCUAAAAACGAACUAGAUAGUCUAUUACUGGAUGAACAAGUUGCAAACGCUCCUGUAUUGGUCCUCGGAAACAAGAUUGAUUCUCCCAAUGCAGUAAGCGAACAUGCACUUCGGGAUUUCUUUCAGAUUCGAACAACUGGCAGGGGUCAAGUUCCACUGGCAAACUUAGGAGGAGCAAGACCAAUCGAACUUUUUAUGUGCUCAGUUCUCAAAAAACAAGGAUAUGGUGAAGGAUUUCGUUGGCUCAGUCAAUACAUCAAUUGAAAGCUCCGACAAGAUCACCUAUAAUAAGCACCGUCUUCGAAUCCAACGCAGAAGUCUAUUAAAAAUAUUUCUAUAUCAUGCAGAUACGUCUUUCAGUUGACACCGGUUUUAGCAUUUCAUCUCCUUUACUAAAUAUUUAUUAUUAUCAAUGAAGGUCGCUUGAAACGACCAGAGACUUAUGCGGCAGCUGUCCGAAGUGUACAAACCCCCUAGUAGAAUCUAUUCUAACUGUUUUAGUUUUUUUUCGUCACUUUGUGUUUUGGUUUAGCAUGGGUUUAUUGGUGAGUCAUUUCAUAAUGGUGGGACUUGACAAUCGCUCAUGCUGGGAUCUAGCAUUGUGGCAUAUGUUGUUAGGCACAGGUAAUGCAACUAUUGCAACGUUACUACAAAAAUAUUUAGAUUGCCCUUCCCUACUUUUUGUUCUGGGUGUUUCCUGGACGUUUUGCCUCCAUAUUUUUGACCUAUGUUUUGGACUCUGUGAGAAAAGAAUAAUCUUUACUUCUUACAAUUUAAUUAUGCGUUAAUACAGUUAUAUGCUACUAUUACAUAGCGUUUGAAAAAUAAAAUUGACUAUUUUCGAUCCAUCUA